AUGGGAAGCGUGAACAACGCUGUCCGUUGCGGUUUCAUAUGUCGUCUAUGUUCGAAAAUCGACAAGCGUGUUGUGCACAUCUACGGCGAACUAGGCAGAAAAUACAAUUUGGUUCAAAAGAUCAGAGACUAUUUGCCCAUAAAGAUUAAAUCUUCUGAUGGUUUGCCGCUUACAUUAUGUGUAUCAUGUGUUCAAAGAUUAAAUCGCAGGCACACAUUACAAAUGGCGAUAAAGCACAGUACUGCUCGUAUAGUAUCUCGCACCACAGUAGAAUCUACCACCGGAAGAGACGAGUGUAAUCAACGUCAACAAAUACACCUCAGCUCAGCUGUACAGUCAAUUUGA